AUGAAUAAUAGCUCAGAUUACAUCUAUUGGUCCGAACCCCAUUGCUCUAAAGAUGCACUUACAGAUACGUACGGCUGGUUUAUGCAAUUCCUUCUUGCAGUAUUAGCAUUUACAUGUCUAAUAGGUAAAAGAUUCUGUGAACCCCGCUAUGCACGGAGACCUUGGUUAAUUUGGUUUUAUGACACAUCAAAGCAGGGUCUUGGAGCGUUUAUAAUACAUGCAGCAAAUGUAUGGUUAUCACCUCACAUGACUGGCAAUCCAUGUACAUGGUACAUAGUCAAUUUUAUGCUGGAUUCAACACUAGGCUUGCUUAUAAUCUGGGCUGGUAUCAGGCUAGCACAGUAUUGUGCACAAGUUUAUGACAUACCUCUCAUCAAUUUUGGUGAAUAUGGUAAACCUCCAAUGUGUGCAGCGUGGAUUUGCCAAUGCGUGUUAUACGCAGCGCUUGCGACAUUUGCCAAAUCGGUAUUAGCGUUAGUGUUACGUCUACCGCCUAUAGUUGCCGUUUUGUCGACGUUACGACUCUCCCCAGUGAAUGACCCGAGGCUGGAACUGGCUGUGGUGAUGCUCAUCAUACCAUUUUUUGUGAAUAUUUUAAUAUUCUGGGUGACUGACAACUUCCUUAUGUAUCGACCGAGAGGCGUAAGCAGCAAAAUAAAGACUAAAGUACGCUAUCAAUCUAUAAAGAAAGAGAAGUCCGGUUCAGACGACGAGGAGCAAUCAGCGGAUGAGCGUCUGUUAGGAGCAAGUGUA